AGAGGAUAAGCGAAUCCUUAGCAUCAAUUUGCGUUCUGUGCAGUUGUUGUGAUCGGACUGAUGGAUAAGUUGGUAUCGAGAUCAUUGUAUAUUUGCUGGAUCCAGAUUAGGGUGUAUAUGUAGUUUGGGAGGUAGGAGAAUGCUUGAUACAUGCACACUGCACUGGUCGAACCAUCAAUUACGACUAUUAAUAAAUGCUAGUUCAUGGAGAGAGCUUGCUUACUGUGACAUAUAGAAAGUAAUGCAUUAUGUUGUUAUUGUAUAAAUGGUGAGCAAAGUGUAUGCCAAACUCAACAUUUUGUUGAUGAAGCGAAUGCGUGAUGGAGUUAAGGUUAAGUGGACUGGUUGCGCUAUGGUUCAGUUUCAUGUUAGGGGAAACUUAAUUUCUUGCGAGGUAGCAUGAUCUGUAAUGUUUAGGGAACUUAUAUCAAGUGUAUCCUUGCAGCUGGAAAAGAGGACUUGCCUUUGCCUUAUUUGUUGUUUCUACAAGGCGGACCUGGAUUUGAAAGUCCCCGUCCCACAGAAGCAAGUGGAUGGAUGAAGAAAGCAUGUGAAGAAUACCGUGUUGUGUUGCUAGAUCAGCGAGGAACAGGACUGUCAACACCGUUGACAACAUCAUCUCUUUCCCAAAUAACAUCUGCAGCAGAACAGGUGGAGUAUUUGAAGCAUUUCAGGGCAGAUAGCAUAGUUAAAGAUGCGGAAUUUAUUCGCCUGCAUCUUGUUCCAGAUGCCAAGCCUUGGACGGUUUUAGGACAAAGUUAUGGUGGAUUUUGUGCUGUUACCUAUUUGAGUUUUGCUCCAGAAGGCCUGAAAUCUGUUCUUUUGACUGGGGGGCUUCCACCUCUAGGGAGUGCCUGUACUGCAGAUACUGUGUACAGGGCCUGCUUUAAACAAGUUCAGCAGCAAAAUGAGAAGUACUAUGCGAGAUAUCCUCAAGAUAUACAAGUCAUUCAUGAGCUUGUAAGAUAUUUAAAUGAAUCUGAAGGUGGAGGAGUUUCUCUUCCAUCAGGUGGCAGGUUAACUCCUAAGAUGUUGCAGUGCCUUGGAUUAUCUGGUUUGGGCUCCGGUGGAGGAUUUGAAAGGCUGCAUUAUCUGUUUGAGAGGGUGUGGGACCCUAUAUUAGUCCCUGGCGCAAAAAAGACUAUAAGUUAUUACUUCCUGAAAGAGUUUGAGAGGUGGUUAGGUUUUGAUCAAAAUCCUCUUUAUGCUCUCUUGCAUGAGUCUAUCUAUUGUCAGGGUUCUCCAUCAAAAUGGUCGGCUCACAAGAUUGGCAGUGAGUGUGAAAGUUUGUUUGAUCCUAUCAAGGCUAUAAAAGAAGGCAGACCUGUUUAUUUUACUGGAGAGAUGGUAUUUCCAUGUAUUUUUGAUGAGAUUCACGCCUUACGACCCCUGAAGGAGACUGCCCAUAUGUUAGCGCACAAAGAGGACUGGCCCCCACUGUAUGAUGUCAACGUGCUGAACAACAAUAAGGUCCCGGUGGCUGCCGCCGUCUACUACGAGGACAUGUACGUCAACUUCAACAUCGCCAAGGAGACGGCCUCCCAGAUCGCGGGCAUCCGGCUCUGGAUUACCAACGAGUACAUGCACUCGGGCAUCCGCGACGGCGGCUCGCACGUCUUCGACCACUUGAUGGGUCUUCUCAACGGCAAGAAGCCUCUGUUUUAGCUCAUUUCUUAGCUGCCUUUUUGGAGUAUCGAGUAAAGCUGUUCGGACAUUGGUAGUACAAGUCUCCAUUGCUUCCAGUAAUAACAAAACUGGGAUUUUUUUUUCUCCAAAAAACAACAAAACUGGCGUUCUUCCAGUAGAAAUAAUAAUAAAAUUAACGUGUUAAAUUGUGGUUUCCUUUGACUAUGCUGUGACGCCGCGAGACACUCAUGUAAGUGUAACCAUUCAAUAAUAAAAUGAAGCAUUCCUGUUAUUGUA